CAGUCACGUGACAGUCAACCAUGGCUUCUUUCUCCUAGUGAUAGAGGCUUAUUGUUGACAAGACAAUAUUGAGGAUUUACCUAUUUCCUUUUUUUCACACAAGUUGGAUUCACGAUGCAGAAGAUAAAGUCUCUUAUGGCCCGACAGGGCCUCAAAAGCCCCCAGGAGAGCAUGGCUGAUCUAAGUCCAGUGGAGAACCUCAGGAUCCCCAGUACGGAGGAGUUGCGGGAGCUGAGGCAGCAGCCCAUCGACCCCCAGGCGGAGCAGGAAAUCAUUGACAGCAUCGAGGAGGUCUACUUUUCCAAUGACUCCUUCGACAUGGUGCGGCACGAACUGGAGAAGCUCCCACCUGAGCUGAACCUGCAGGAGCUUGAGGAGUACAGAGAAAAGCUCAAGAGACAGCAGGCUGCAGUUUCUAAAAGGGUCGCCGAUCUCAUUCUGGAGAAACAGCCUUCUUAUGUCAAGGAACUGGAAAGAGUAACAGCAUUACAGACCAAUCUACAGCUGGGAGCAGUCAUUUGCACUAAUGCAAGAAGACAACUCAGAGUUGCAAAGGAGGAGUUCACAGAGGCCAGCCUGGGUCUGUUAGCCAAUCAGAAGAGACGACAGCUGCUGACAGGCCUCCUCAAGUCUCUUAGGACCAUCAAGACUCUGCAAAGAACAGAUGUAAGACUCAGCGAGAUGCUUGAGGAGGAAGACUAUCCAGGUGCAAUCCAGCUCUGUCUAGAAUGUCAGAAGGCUGCCAGCACCUUCAAACACUACAGCUGCAUCAGUGAGCUGAACUCUAAGCUUCAAGACACUCUUGAGCAAAUAGAGGAGCAGCUUGAUGUCGCCCUGUCAAAGACUUGUAAGCACUUUGAUGUGUUGCACUACACCAAGGUCCAGAAGGCCUACACGCUCCUUGGGAAAACCCAGACUGCAAUGGAUCAGCUACACAUGCACUUCACCCAGGCCAUCCACAACACAGUGUUCCAGGUCGUGCUGGGAUACGUUGAGCUGUGUGCUGGCAACGCGGACACCAAGUUCCAAAAGAUGCAGUAUAAGGACCUCUGCACGCACAUCACCCUCGACAGCUACAUUCCCUGCCUGAUGGAUCUCUGCAAGGCUCUGUGGGAGGUGAUGCUGAGCUACCACCGCACCAUGCAGUGGCAUGAAGAGCAUGACAAACAGAAGGCCACAUCCUCACAAGAUGAUGCAGCAGCAGAGCCUGAUGAGUCGACCGUGGACCGCAGCUACGUGAAGAAGAAGCUGGAGCACGGACUAACGCGGAUCUGGCAGGAUGUCCAGUUAAAGGUGAAGGUGUACAUUCUGGGAACGGACAUGUCCAACUUCAAAUACGAUGAUUUCAUAGUGGUACUGGAUGUCAUCAGCAGGUUGAUGCAGGUUGGUGAGGAGUUCUGUGGCAGUAAGUCAGAGGUCCUGCAGGAGUCAAUAAAACGCCAGAGUGUGAACUACUUCAAAAACUAUCACAGGGCACGACUGGAAGAGCUCAGGAUGUUUCUGGAAAAUGAGACGUGGGAACUAUGUCCAGUCAAGUCCAACUUUAACAUUGACCAGCUCCAUGAGUUCAAGUUUAUGGGCCAGUGUCGCUCUCCCUCCGUUUCCCCAAGCAGACAGGCUGCGUCGUCAGUUUCCCCGGCCCUGGAGGAGCCGUCCCUUUUCCAGCAGUAUCAUCAGGACGGGAACCCCUUUGAGAUGCACAUUGAGCACAAGGAAGAGGAGACGGAGGAUGUGCUUGCUUCUAACGGGUACGAAUCAGACGAACUGGAGAAGAGUGUCUAUCAGGACUACGACAGUGACAGCGAUGUCCCCGAUGAGCUCAAGCAGGACUACGUUGAUGAGCAGACAGGCGAUGCCCCUCUGAAGAGCGUGUCCCGGGAGACCAUAAGAAGCAAGAAAAAGUCUGAUUACAACCUCAGCAAAGCCAGCGCCCCGAUUCUCACCAACACCACCCUCAACGUCAUCCGGCUUGUUGGAAAGUACAUGCAGAUGAUGAACAUUCUGAAGCCGAUUGCCUUUGACGUCAUCCACUGUGUAUCGCAGCUCUUUGACUACUACCUUUAUGCCGUGUACACCUUCUUCGGGCGCAAUGACAUGCCCGUCCCAAGCCCAUCUCUGCCCACCUAUAGUGGCAGAGAGGCAGCCCCAGCCAGGGUGGUGGGCCCUGCCUGCUUGUAUGAGUCAUCAGGUCUGGGCCUUAUCAGCAGCCGACUGAGAACAACACUGAACCGGAUCCAGGAGAGUCUCAUUGACAUGGAUUCUGUCGGGGAGAAUGCAGGAGUCCAUGGUCCACCAGAGGACAGGAAGGAAAAGGUCCCCAGUCCUCACCUGAGCCAGAUGGUGGUUCUCACAGACAGCGCAACUCUCUAUGGGCUGGCACAGAGGGUGGUGGCCACUGAGUCUCUUGUGUUUUUGGCCGAGCAGUUUGAGUCUCUGCAGUUCCACUUGGACACAAUGAUGCCUGCAGCCAAAAAACCGUUCCUACAGCAGUUUUAUUCCCAGACGGUGUCCACAGCCAGCGAACUGCGUAAACCGAUAUACUGGAUAGUGGCAGCAAAGGCUAUAGACUACGAACAAAUGCUGCUUAUGAUGGCCGGAGUUAAAUGGGACAUCAAGGAGAUAAUGUCACAGCACAACAUAUACGUGGAUGUUCUGCUGAAGGAGUUUGAGCAGUUUAACAAGCGGCUCAGUGAUGUUUCCAGACAUGUGCGCAUUCCUCUGCCUGUGUCCAACGUCCUCUGGGAGCACUGUAUCCGCCUGGCAAACAGGACUCUGGUUGAGGGGUAUGCUAACGUAAAGAAAUGCAGCAACGAGGGCCGAGCCUUGAUGCAGCUGGACUUUCAGCAGUUUCUGAUGAAGCUGGAGAAAUUGACAGACCUGCGGCCCAUCCCUGACAAGGAGUUUGUAGAAACCUACAUCAAGGCCUAUUACCUGACUGAAAAUGAUAUGGAGCAGUUUAUCAAAAAUCACAGGGAGUACUCCAUGAAGCAGCUGGCCAACUUGGUGAACGUGUGUCUGGGCUCACACAUAAACAAAAGGGCUCGUCAGAAACUUCUAGCUGCCAUCGAUGAUAUUGACAGGCCCAAGAGAUAGAGUAGUGAACGAUAUAAUGAUAUAAACAAACCCACUGAGAUGAAUAUGAGAGAAAACGUAUAACUGAAUGUUUUCUUUUACGGUUUAAACUAUGAAGGAUUUACUGAGCUGCACAGUAUAUGGGACUGUAGCGCCACAACCGAAAACGUAAAUCUGAAAUGCAUUUGUCAGCCUGUUGAUGAUUUGUUUUUCAAUGUUGUCCUUAUACGGUCACAAACACAAACUCCUGUCAUUGAAAGCCCUCCAUGAGAAGCUGGUGCAUAUAAACUAGAUGGUACAGUUUUUCUACACAUAUCUGCUUUCUCUUUAAUAAUCCAGUUUUAGUUUUUCUCAUAUAAACUUCUAAACCAUCCAAGAUCUACAUAUCUGACACAGCAACUUCUUUUAGACUGAAGAAAGACACGUGACUUGAUAAAAUUGCACCACUGUAUCUGAAUGUGUUCCCUCAUAGAGGCAGAGUGGAUCAGCGUUAUUAUUGUUCACCUUAAUGACUCACUCUCCCAGCCCAUACUGUACAGUCGCUGUAUAAUAUUUGGCUUCAGGGCGUUGUUUGCCGUGCCUGACUAGAAAUCUCUGCUUCUUUGUUUUGUUUGCUUUGUCCUCAGAUUAGAUAGAUCUAAUAUAAAGAUGAUGAUUCUGAAGAUAAUAUAAAUUACUGUAGUUUGGGUUAUGUAUUUUUACCAGCUGCAUAUGUAUGUCUGUUCUAUCUGAGGAGGGGAAUGUUUCUUUUGUUUUUGUCAUAGAGUUCAUCUCUUUAUUGAGCAGUGAAACUUGGUUUGUUUGAUCUGAUUUUUCAGGUUAAUAAUUAUAAUCAAUAAUAUUAUUUUGAGAUGUGCCGAUCAGAGUUUUGUGGCCGAUUUCCCAUCUGCAUAGGCUUCAACUGAUUCAGAUUUCUCUUUAAGAUGUAUAAUAGUAGAAGAAAAGAACAAUCUCUGCUAAAAAGGUAUAACUAACGUUUUAAAAUGAUGACAGAGGAAUUAGUUUUAAAGUUCAUAUUGUAAAUUGUAGUGCAGCUAGCGUUGCUAAAACAACAGUUUUGUGUGUAUUCCUGAUCUUUACCUCAGUUCUGAGAUUUCUGAGCAAAUCUGUUGUAACACGUUAAAGAUGAAUGCUUUAGGUAUCCCUUUCUUUUGAACUCAAUGAACUGCAGACAUCUUUCAUUUUCUUUUAAAUGGGUUCCCACGCCUCUGUGCUUCCUCACUGAUACUGAAAAUAGCUUACUUUGAGUUUUCCUCUUUCAGUAACAGCAUCUGCACCGAAGAUUGUUGUUGUGUGUAGUGUGGUGCAUUUAUGCAUCGGGAAAAGGUUGGAUAAUUGCAUUUCUGACCAGCUAGCUACUUUCUGAUGUCCCAGUGCAUCUCUAAAAUUGGUUUGUCAUUUUUGAAACUACAACAGAGACACGAGGUCUCAGACAGACAUUCCAACCUCAAAUUAUUUUGUUGUGUUCUUUUAUUUGGAUUUUCUCAAGGAUGUUUAUCACAUAUUGUGUUACAGUCACUUCUGCAGACUCUGUCACAUUUACAAAUUUGACCUGAAUCAUGCAGGGCUUAAUAGAAAACAUAUCUAACUUGAAGUCAUUGUUUAAUUUAAAAACAUGUUCCACAUAUCUUUGUGGCAUUAGCAGAAACUGACAUCUAAACAAAGCUUUACCUUGAAAAUGUCCAAAUUUACGUAGAAUAUUGAAAAUAAAAACUAUUACAUAAGAACUGACGUCUUUGGAGAACACAUUUUUUGUGUUACAAGUAAAUUUCCAAACAUGUUUAUUUUUGUCUGUAUGAGCAAAAUAAAUUGACAGCUACACAAGUUAGACCUAAUUACCAAUUAGAAAUGUGUGGUAGUUUGGGUGAAAUUAGAAAACAGAAGACCUAUAUACCCUACCGUCUAAAAUAGAAGAAAUAAAUAUAUUAAGUUCCAGGUUUGGACGUAGCCUCCGUAUAUAUUAUGUGCAGCUAUUUUAGGAAAAACAAACUGUAAAUAUGAAUGUUUUGAACAAUGGCUGUAUUUAUUUCAUGUCUUUUUUUUCAUGUUUUUUGGUUUUUAUAUGACCACUAUUGUUAAACACCUCUCGUGUAGCUUAUCAUUGUAAUCAAAUACAAACAUUUAAUAAUCAUCAAGUUAUGGUAAAUUUCAAGUGCACCAUAGUGAAAAUCUGUAUGUAAUGAUUGUUGUUAUUGUAGGGGGAAGAAGGAUGGCGACUAAAUAAAUACACUAACACUGGA